AUGAUAAUCCGCCCAAGCCAGUUCCGGUUCGAGGCGGAGAGCAACGACCGCCUGUCAGAGAACCACAGACGGGUGCUGUACGACGGCAAGAUGUCGGCGGCCAUCGUGUUCAUGUACAGCGCCGCCGCCACCGACGGCCAGCUCUGCCUGCAGUCGGCGCCCAAGGGCAACCCCUCCUACUUUGUCCACUCGGCACACGGCCUCAUGCGCCAGGACGUGUGCGCCGUGGUCACGCACUCCAUCUACGCGACGCUGAACGCCAUCGGCGGCAUCCAGGUGCUGUUCCCGCUGUUCUCGCAGCUUGACUUGCCCGUGGAGGCGGGCGUGGACGGCACGGAGGGACGCCGCGACCCCUAA